AAUUGAGUACAGUACAAAAAUGUAUAUACAUUACCCAGUAGUGAAUUGGCAAACUGCACUUUCGUUCACUACAAUUCUAGCUGUAAAUUAAUGUAUGAAUUAAUGAAUGACCUACAUACAGGCACACGCACGCACGCGCGCAUACACACAAAGAGUAAAUAAUUUUCUAUGCGAUUUUCUGAUGCCCAGCCCUCUGUAGGCUCAGGACCUCUGUAUCUCCAAAGCGCCUCCGUGACCAUCGUCGGAAACAUUCGAAGUGCUCCGACAAUUACCGAAGGUUGCAGCCAUCUUCGUUUUGUUUAUUACCAGCACGCACUCCCGACAUUAUUCCCUACAGUUGCUUGAAUCGAGUUUUGAAACUACAUAUAAGCGAUAUUUACGUCCGCGUUUUAUAGUUACCAUUCCCUUCUGCGUAGACGACAUUUUACACACUUCUUCACGUGUAUUUCUGUUAACUUGUUUUUGAUAUACUGAGGGGCGCCCGUCGGAAAGGUGUCCGCCAUUUUUGUUCGGGGCAAACGGACAGGGAGCGAAAAGAUGCCGAAGAGUUGUUCUGCAUACAACUGCACAAAUAGAUACAACAGUAAGAAUCCGGAUCUCACGUUUCAUAGGUUCCCCUUCAGUAAGCCUUCUGUGCUUAAAGAAUGGCUUCACAACAUCGGGCGCGAGGACUUCCAGCCUAAGCGACACAUGGUCAUCUGUUCGCACCAUUUCACCCCGGAGAGCUUCAGCGGCCUCGGGAACAGGAAGAACCUGCUGUGGAACGCGGUUCCCACCCUGUUCACCUUCCCCGCGUCCUCUCCAAAAAAAAAAAAGUCCAGAAAAAAGUGUAAAAAAGAUGUUACCUUGGGAUUUCAACAAUGGGAGGAGAUGUUAUUGGACGAGACGAAUUGCCAACAGGAGCCAGGUCCACAGGAAGUUGCUGCACCAGUUUUAGCAAACAAUGACGAGCACAUAGCUGAACAGCAGCUGACGUCUCUCACGCAGGACUGUGGGUCAUGUGACCACAGCUACGCGCUCUCUGACGCCUGUGAGACGAAGGUCCGCCUCUUCAGCACGCUGGACGCCAACAGACGGCUUUGCCAGAGGUUAAAGGUCAAAUGCCAAGCGAUCCGCCAUUUGAGAUUAAAGCUGCGGGACGCCCGGCGUGAGCUGGCCGGCCUCCGGGCGGGACGGGACUGCGUUCGGACUUCCGCCACGCGCGCGGACGGCGGGGGACACAGGAAGUGACCCGCACUUCCUGUUCUGGAUGUUCGCCGUAUUCACAGGCUUUAUGUGACUGUAUGGGACUCAAUGCACUGAAGAGAAGAGACUGCAAAAUGGUUUGCAGCAUGUGUGGGCAUGCAUGUGCGUGUGUGUGUGUGUGUGUGUGAUUGUGUGUGCAUGCCUGUGCGUGCGU